AUGACCCAAAAAGUAGAAGAUAGCUUAAGUUUUUCUAAUGAUUCACCCAGUCCACUUCCAAGACGAAAGAAAAACAAACAAUUCACUGUGGUAAACUCCAAAAAAAGUGUGCCUAGACUUCCACAAUCAAAUAUAAAACCACAUACAAAAUUGCUGAGAAACAGAUCAGUCGAUCUAUUGAGUGAGUUUAUGAGAGAUGACAAGAAGAAACCAUCGUUAACCAGGACACGAUCAUUAGAACCUGCUGCUAUUCACUUGAGGCAUUCACCAAUACCACCUCACAUAGAAAACUCAAUAACGCCUAUGAAAGAAACACAUGGAUCAAAUGUUGGAACUUUGUUGGGUAGUACCAUGAAAACAGAAGAAGGAACAAAACCUACAGAUGAUUUAGCCUUACAAACACCUGCAGAAACUGCCUUGGAAGGUAAAAGAGUAUCUGAAGCAAAGGAAGACAUGACUCAUAAGUGUUUUAGUGAUAAGAAGGAAAGCGAGACAGAGCACUCAAACUCUAUCAACAGCAGUUUAAUUGAAGGUGAUGAUACCAGUGCUCCCACAAGGAUCAUUUCCGGUGGAGGAAAGGAAGAUUUUGAGCAAGUUAACCAGAGAAAUUUUACCAGUGAAGAUAAUGAUAAAAAAAAAAGUGAUAGGAUAGGUAGUGUUAAAGAUGAUGUUAACGACGAAAGUGUCAUUGCACGGGAGGAUCCAAUUAACGGUACUGACUGCUCAAACUUGGAGAAAGCAAUUAGUUCAGAAGAAAAAGGAAAGUUGGGAAACCAACAAAACGAUGCGGAAUCUAUCCACAAUGUUGGCUCUUGUACGCAGAACAUGGAGACUGAAAAUAACAUUGUCAAGACUGAUGAUGAAACUUCAAGUAAGAUAAGAGAUGAUGAACUAAUACGAAACCAUGAAAAAUCAAGUCCAAAUAGUUCACGCCGACACACUGAAGAGUUACAUAAUGAGGUAUCAUCCAUCUAUUUAAGGGAUCUAAAAACUAAAAACAAUUCCCUAGUUUCAUUAAAGAAUUUUAAACUAAAUACUUUAUUGUCUCAAUCCACCGGUCAAGAACAUCAAAUUCAAGCAUCAAGUUCAACUACACAAGUUGUAGUUAAUACCGAUCCGAACAAUACCGGAACAGGAGAACUCUUAAAUUGUAAUGGUACAUCAAAACAAAAUCAUGAUGUUGCUGAAAAUUUUAAAGAUACUCCCUUCCCCGACUCAACUUUGAGGCAACAUGGCUCAACUUCUAAAACUGAUACUAUUGGAACAUCUUUUUCUAAUAAAUCGGAUUCCUCAAAUAUAACCAACCCGGACUCAUUAAUUUUCCGUCAAUCUGGAUUGACAUUGUACAAUAUGAACAACGAAAAAAUGCAGACAACAAAUGAUACUCGCCAGUUCAAUCCAAGCAGUAUGGUAAGAAAUGUCUCACAACCGUCGUUACACCGCCAAGAGUCGUACUUGUCAUUCAGAGUACCUUCUAAAAAUACUAACAGUACGGACAAAAAUAAAAGAGUAGAGAGUAAUCAUCAGAGAGUCGGAAGACUAGAGCAACCAACACCGCAGAAAAAUCAUGCACAACUGAAACAAGCUAUUUUGAAUACAAAUUCAAAGACCUCUCUUUUAUCCGAACAGGCGAUGAGGGACGAGAAAAUAGAUGAAGAUUCUUCAAGAGACAAAAAUAAUGAUGCUAAAAUUGUAGAAAUUGACUUAUCAUCGUACCUCUCCAGCCAGGAGCCUGAGGUAGAGACCCGUACUCAACAGAAGCUUUGGCUACAAAGGGAGAAUGUUGCAUCUUUGAAUGUUUCUGAAGAAGGUGCCGACCAGAUUACAUCAAAAAUUGUAAACCAAACAACCCGGUUUCAGUAUGAGAAAAUUUCUCGUGAAUUUUUGCACAUUAGACGCCAUACUAACCCAACUUUAGAUGCAUUAAAAAGAAUAAAUGAAAAUCAGUCGCCGAAGAAAAGGUUGAGUAUUGACGCAAAGUCUAACGAUUUGCUAAGCAAAUCUGUAGCAAAAUCAAUGACUACUGGGUACAUAACGAAGAAUGCUUCGCUAUCGAAAAGCUUAGGUCUUUCACUUAAAGAUAGUAAUACUGCAGAUGAUGGGUAUACUGGGGAUUUAGAUAGCUUCAAUGUUUUGCUAAAAACAAUGUGGAAGGCAAACUGUGCUGACUUUAGUGAAGAAAUUCCCUCGUCUAAUGGGAAAGCUGCCAAUCCAUCUUUUGAAUCAGAGAAUAAUGUUUUGUCAUCCAGGUAUGGCUACCAGCCAAGCAACACGAGCUCUUCUGCACUAUUUUCAAGAGGAAAUACUACUCCAUUUGGCACGAAUGCUCAUAUCAGCUUUGGUACUAGCAGUAAAAACAGGCAUGUGACUAACAAUCAUGUGAACAAUAAUAACCACGGAGUCCACACACAGACUCAACCCACUACACGGUUCCAACAACACCAGGAGCAACACAGACAAAAUAAGCAGCACCUUCGUUUGCGAUAA